ACACCGCUGCUCGCUUUUUGUCUGAACACACACACACGGGUGCGCACAGAAUUUCCAACCACACACCACCAUGAGGGAGUUCAAGAGCAAGGCGUUCUGGAGGGCCGUCCUGGCCGAGCUGGUGGGCAUGACCCUGUUCAUCUUCCUCAGCAUCGCGGCGGCCAUCGGCAAGCCCGGCGAUCCGGGUCAGGAGGUCAAGGUGUCGCUAGCUUUCGGGCUGGCCAUCGCCACGCUGGCGCAGAGCCUGGGCCACAUCAGCGGCGCCCACCUCAACCCGGCCGUCACGCUGGGCAUGCUCGCCAGCUGCCAGAUCAGCGUGUUCCGGGCCGUCAUGUACGUCGUGGCCCAGCUGCUGGGCUCGGCCCUCGCCAGUGGCAUUCUGUACGGAGCGCGGCCCGCCGCCACAGACGAGCUGGGCCUCAAUAAGCUGAGCGGCAUCACCCCCAGCCAAGGCGUGGGCAUCGAGCUACUGGCGACCUUCCAGCUGGUGCUGUGUGUCAUCGCCGUGACUGAUAAAAGGCGACGCGACAUCACCGGCUCGGCGCCAUUGGCCAUCGGCCUCUCCGUGUGCCUGGGACACUUGGCGGCGAUCAGCUACACCGGCUGCGGAAUCAAUCCCGCGCGCACCUUUGGUCCGGCUUUGAUCCUGAACGACUUCAGCAACCACUGGGUGUACUGGGUGGGACCCAUGUGUGGCGGCGUGGCGGCGGCCCUCGUGUACGACUUCCUCUUGUCGCCCAAGUUUGACAACUUCCCCGAACGCAUCCGGGUGCUGGUGAGUGGCCCCGUGGACGACUACGACGUCAACGGCGGCAACGACGCCUCCACCGUGGAGAUGGCAACGAAAUAGUCGGCCGAGCAUGCAGCUUGCCGCGCAUGUUUAUACGCCGCUUUAAAAAGAAAGAAAGAAAGCUGUUUGUUUUAGCGGAAUUUUAUCUGGAAGCUGCAAGUCUAUUUGUACCUCACGCACACACACACACACACACACACACACGCUGUACCUUCAAUGUUGCAAAAAGCUUAUCAGCGUGUGUUGAAAAUGUUCUCUCAUUAUCAGUAUUCUAUGUUGUGCCAUUAUUUUGUAUACAUGAAUGUGCUAUGAUCACCUUUGUCCGUAUGUUAUUGAAAUGUCACUUUUUUAAAGAAAUUAAACACUUGUUGUUUCACUUGAA